CAUAAACUUGGUAUUAUUCAUAACAUACAAACUAUUAAAACGGGCUGUCGACUAAGGAUGUAAACUGUGAGAUUGAUCCACUUGGUUUCCAAUAUCACCCCUUGACCAUCUAACACUGUUAUGUCGAGUCAUUCAAUCCCCAUUAUUGAUUUCGCUCCGUUCUUAGACGGAUCGGCGAAACAACAGGCUGCAGAUCAGCUCCUCGGGUCGUUCAAAUCGUAUGGAUUCGUCUAUCUCACGAAUUUCGGUCUAUCGAACGAAGAAGUCCAAGAGAUGUUUGAUUGGUCGAAGCGCUUUUUUGCCCUUCCGCACGAAAGCAAAAUGCUCGCGCCUCAUCCAGACUCUGGAAUGCAUCAUCGAGGUUACUCCUUCCCUGGCCAGGAGAAAGAAUCCCAACUCCCGGAUUCGGGAGAUUCUGCCACUGAGGCCGACAUACCACUCCCAAGCGUGAAAGAGUCGUUCGACAUCGGGCGCGAGGACGAUGACUUGAUGCCAAACAUCUGGCCGCCCGAUCACAUCCUCCCCGGCUUCAAGGAAUCGUGUUUGGCGUUCUAUUGGAAAUGCCACGAGGUUGAGAAGAACAUCCUUCGCGCGCUCGCGCUGGGUUUCGGCUUGGAGGAGGAGUGGCUUGUGAGGUAUCAUAGGAUGCCAGAUAAUGGGCUGAGACUGCAACACUAUCCCAGCAUCGCCCUCGAAUCUGUCCUUACGAACAAGGUUGCACGAAUCUCGAAUCAUACGGAUUUUGAUACGCUUACAGUCCUCUUUCAAGACAACGUGGGGGGCCUCGAAGUUGAGGAUCCGAAUGAGUCUGGCAGGUUUUUGGCGGUACCGCCAAUUCCGAACUCGAUCAUCGUUAACGCGGGGGAUUUCUUGCGGCGAUGGUCGAACGACAUGAUACGGAGCACGUUGCAUCGCGUCCGCGCACCACCGAAUGCGGUAACGAAGGAUGGCAUGCUCCCAGAUCGAUAUUCUAUCCCCUACUUCUGUGCUGCCGACUUUUCCACAGUCGUUGAUUCGAUCCCUGGUACGUGGUCAGCAGAUUAUCCCAAGAAGUAUGAACCCGUGUCGGUGGAAGAGUAUGUGAUGAAGCGAUUUGCCGCGGAUUAUUAAAGCUGCUGAAAGGUGCUAUGGGUUGAUAUGAAUAUUAAGUAUAUGACACCCGCAGGUACAUACUUGGAUGUACAACAAAGGAAGCAGUGGCAUAUAUGUCUGACUCUAAACGAUUCUUCUGGUUAUGAAAUCGAGAAGCGGUCAAGUGCCAAUCAUAAGGCAAAACGUGCUCGGAAGUAGCUCCCCUUCAGUUGUGUCAUAGGAACGGCGAUGAAAAACAUGCCAAUCACAAGC